GGUCAACAAGGAGUACAUGAGAACACUUGAGAUCUUAAGUAAGAAACUGAAAUUUUUUGAAGUGGAUCUUAUGGUUAGAACUUCAAAAGCCCUUAAAGAUGUUCAGCCGGAGCUUGAAAAACUAAGGCAGAAAGCAGUUUCAAAGGUUUUUGACUUCAUUGUCCAGAAGCUUUAUGCAUUGAGAAAACCCAAAACAAACAUUCAGAUCCUUCAGCAGAAUGUUCUUCUUAAAUACAAGGUUCAUGUCGAUUUUGGGCAAAAAAAAUUUGCUUUUGAUCUUAAGGAAUAUGAAGCGCAGGAAAGGAUGAAGCAACAAACGACAAUUGAAAAGAUAUCACUACCACCAAAUAUUAGUUAUGAGCUUGUUUGCUCAUACUUACUGCAUUAUGGCUAUGAAGAUACACUUCAUUCAUUUGACUUGGCCAGUAAAAGUGCUGUACCUCCUGUCUUUAUUGCUCAAGAAAAUGGUGUUGAUGAACAGGACAUCACGUAUGCAUUAAAUCAGAGAAAGACUCUUGGACAACUAAUAAGGAGUGGUGACAUUGAUACUGCAUUUUGUAAAUUGCACAAUUGGUACCCAUGGAUUGUCCAGGUAGACUUUCUGAAAUUCCGAGUAUUUGCUGUAAAUGAAUAUGCUGCAGUUUGUAUCAGCAUAACAUUUGUUUAUGACAUUGAAGAGGAUGUUUAUAGCAUUGAAGAGGAGGUUGGAGCAGUAGAGGAGGCUGUGAAGUAUGGAAGGACUGAAUUAGCAAAAAUUUUUGGGUUGGCUGGAUUUGCUGAUUUGGUUCAGGACUGUGUUGCUUUACUGGCAUAUGAAAAGCCACAAGAGUUAUCUGUGGGUUAUCUUCUUGAAGAUUCACAACGUGAGGUUAUCUUCUUUUUCUUUUUAAAUCUGAUCGCCCAAUUUCGUUCAUUUCUCAGCGGAUCAGAUUUCCAUUUCAGUAAUGAUUUCUUAACACUUUCCUUUUGUAAUGGUCUGAGCCCAAUUCUUUGCCUACUAGUAACUCUAAUUUUCUGAUGAUUGUAUUAAUGUUUGAAGACAUUA